UAUAUAGAGUAACCCCAUAUUCCCUUCACUAUAUACAGAGACUCGCUGCAAAGGCAGCCGGAAAUCAAGUGUGAGAGAUCAGAGCCUAAUGAGCAUCGUGGUGACCAAAUCCUCGUCGGUGGCGGUCACCAGCCCACCGGAGCUGGGGACGCUAACCGGUAGCAUCAUCAACCUCUCCUCCUUUGACAAGUGUUUCGCUCCUGUUCCCGUGCAUCUGCUCCUCGUCUUCGACCAACCGAUUAACGACCCCGUCCAGACCGUCAAGAAGGCCGUGUCAAUGGCACUGGUGCACUACCACCCUAUGGCCGGCCGCCUCGUGGCAGGAGCCGACGACCGGGAGCUGAUCCACAUCGCGUGCACGGGCGAGGGCGUCUCGUUUGUGGGCGCGUCGGCUAGCUGCACCCUGGACCAGGUCAGUACGUCGCCGCUGCUCGUCAGGGAUCUCACCCUUCGCUACCCUGCCGACUACUGCCGCCCUGGCGAGCCGUUGCUGCUCAUGCAGGUGACCGAGUUCGCCUGCGGCGGCUUCACGGUCGGCGUGACCUGGAACCACGUCGUGGCCGACGGCGCGGGGAUGGCACAGUUCCUGCAGGCCGUCGGCGAGCUCGCCCGCGGGAUGCCAGCCCCGUCCGUCGUUCCGGUCAGGUCCGUAGUCGACGGCUCGCUCCCGUCUCUCCCGUCGGAGGUCGUCGCCGCGAUGAGGUCUCAGAUGAGCGUCGGAAUGGAGGAGAUGGCUAUCCUGGAGGUCACCGUCCCAUGGAGCUUGAUCAGCCGCGUCAAACGCGAGUGCCGCGGCGAGUGCACGACGUUCGACGCCGUCGCCGCGCUGUUCUGGCAGUGCCGCACCCGCGCGAUUGCCACCUCCGACCCGGACACGCCGGCGCCCCUCUUCUUCCCUAGCAGCAUGCGCUGGCUCAUAGGAGGCGCCGCCAAGCACGGCUACUACGGCAACUGCGUCAUGCGGCAGCCGGUCCAAGCGAAGAGCGGGACGGUGGCGAGCGGCGACGUCAAGGACCUUGUGAAGCUCAUCAGGCUUGCCAAGCGGAAGAAUAUACCGGGCAUGCUCACGAUCACGAACGGCGGCGGCGGUGGGACUGAGACGCCCCCUCCAAGGUGCAAGUACAACACGUUGGUUGUGACGAGCUUGAGGAACCUUGGGUUGGACGCGGUGGACCUCGGGCGUGGGAGUCCGGCGCGGGUGAUGCCGCCGCUGUGCAAGGCGGAGCGGACGGCAUCAAAUUUCUGCGUCUUGUGCCCGCCGUGCAAGGGGAAGGACGGCGUCAACGUGGUGUCCAUCUGUGUCAAGCCGGAGCACGCCGAUGCCUUCGCUAAGGAGUUGGCGGCCUUGGGUAUAUGCUAGCUAGCUAGCUACUGGU